GUUUACAUGUAAACAGCAUGUCUUCGAGUUCAAGCCAGCCUAAAAAGAGAAAAUCAACAACCGACCUAGAAGACUCUUCGGACCCAUCAUAUAAUAGUGCAUUAUGCAAUCCGGAGGUGAAAAGGCUACAAGCAUCGGAUUGGAAAAGAGAAGAGCUGGGGGAUAUAGGAGUGUAUUUUGCUCAAAAGCCAACUCCUUUAUCCGAUUUGUUUGAUAAAUUAAAAUCACAGAAGGGAAGAAGAGUAACCAUGCCUGGCUUUACAGAACAACUCGUUAAUUUUACGAAGGAAGUUCUACCUUUCUCUUUGAAUGAUAUUAAUUGGAAUAAAGAUGUUAAUAUUUGUUAUGACAGGGAACGAGAAGCAAUAAAACAAAUUCAAGAAGUACAAAGACAUUUGGUGGAUUUUGCAGACAAAAGUGAGAGCCAAAGUCCCUUUUCUAUCGACAAGCUUGCUAAAAGAUUGUUGCGCCGAUGGUUUGAAGACACAUUUGACUUUCUUGCUGAGGUUAAAGAAAUGUUAGAAAAAUUGAAUAAUCCAAUGCCCAGUCAUGGAGUUCCAAAGGAAGACAGAAAAGUUUUAAAAGAGACUGCCUUUACACACUUAUUCAUGAAAUUUACUGAAAUUUUCUUUUUGAAGCCAGAAGUUGGUGAAAACAAGAAAACUGUACUGAAGAUUAGAAAUAAAGUUGUUGGAUGUGUUCCUGAUAUUCGUUUUUAUGAGCAUGAUGUUGAAGGACGCUGGUCCCAUCUGCUAGUAAUGCUUACUGAGGUGAAGAGGGAUGCCCUAAUGAAGAAAUCAGAUGGAGAGGAGGAUGCAAAGUUUCCGUGGAUUGAGAGCCAUUUGAAAUCCGGUGUACUUGGACAAAUUGGAAUACAACUUGUGUCUGAAUGCUGGAACUCUACAUUUUGUCCAAACACAUUUGGAAUAAUUUGCAUGAGAACAGAGAUUAUGUUUUUGUACUUGGAGAUGAAUCCAGAACAGUAUGAAGCUUUGACAAAAAACAAAGAUCUACAAGGAAAGACAUCUUGCAUCCAGUACUCUAAAUCAUUUGACAUAAUGAAAAAAGAAGACAGAGACCAGAUAAUAGAUAUACUUUUUUGGCUAGGAUGUGUUCAAAAACAUAAUUUUCACAGUUAUUAUCUUGUGUAAGUAUGUUUUCAGAUCGACUUGAACACAAAGAAUGUAUUAAGACAGUUCAGGCCAAAAACAAAGAUUUUAGUGUCUCUGGACAAUAAUUUCAGUAUAAGUCUUAAUCUUUACAAAGUUGUGCCAGAAGUUUCUAAAUUAAACAAAAAAUUGUAAGGGUUUCAAGGAACUGUGUGACUCACCUACAUUUGCUUUUGACCCAGCCAGCCAACCAAGAUGGCCACCAUGGCUAAAAAUAGAACAUAGGGGUACAAAUCCAGGGUAGUUUAAGAAAGUUAUUAAAACUUUGAAGACUUUAUUCACAGAGUGAAUGUUAUGUCUUAGCCAAAAAGUCAAUUUAUAAGGGAAAAAAAUGGAUUUUUUUUUUUUUACACAAUUUUAUUCUUGAUAUUUUUAUGAUAAUAAACAGUUUAAGAAAGUCAUUAUAAUUUCAAAAAUCUCAACCACAUGGUGGGUAGAUGUGGACGUCAACGUCAGAAUGUAGGAUCCCUACGUCUCUUUUUUUCUAAGGUGGAAAGCUUAACAAAAAGAAGAUGGGGGUUGCUUUUAGGGGGUUAUGGAAUUGGAACUGUUAGGUAAUUAAGGCCUGAAAACAUUAUUUUUAGCUCACCUGGCCCAUAACUUGGCGUCCGUCGUCUGUCGUCGUAAACUAUUCCAAGAAUCUUCUCCACUGAAACUACUAGACCUAUACUUCCAAACUUUAAGUGAAUGUUCCUUAGGGUAUUUAGUUUAUAAAUUGUAUCCGAAGUUUUGAUCUAUCAACAAACAUGGUCGCCAUUGCUAAAAAUAGAACAUGGGGGUCAAAUGCAGUUUUUGGCUUAUUUAUAUCUCAAAAACGAAAGCAUUUAGAGCAAACCUGACUGGGUAAAAAUGUUCAUUAGGUCAAGAUCUACCAGCCCUGAAAUUUUCAGAUGAAUCAAACAACCCAUUGUUGGGUUGCUGCCACUUAAUUGGUAUUUUUUUGGAAAUUUUGCAGUUUUUGGUCAUCAACUUGAAUAAUCUUAUAGAUAAAGAUAAGCUGUAAACAGCAAAAAUGAUCAGCAAAGUAAGAUCUACAAAUAAGUUAAUAUGACCAAAAUUGUCAAUUGACCCCUUUAGGGGUUAAUGUCCUUUAAUAACAAUUUUUUACAAUUUGUUCAUCAUAUUUGCUAACUUUAAACAAUCUUCUCCUCUAAAACUACUCAACCAAAUUCAACCAAACUUCAACUGAAUGAUCAGUAGGGUGUUUAAAAUAAAGUUUGUGCUAAAAAUAGAACACAGGGUAAAAUGCAGUUUUUGGCUUAUAUCUCAAAGACUCCAGCAUUUAGAGCAAAUAAGACAAGAAGUUAAAGUAUUUAUUAGGUCAAGGUCUACCUGUCCUGAAAUUGGGUAACUGUUUUUUCAGGUAUAAUGCCCCUGAAUUGAUGAUUUUAAAGAAAUUUUGCAGUUUUUGGUUAUUAUCUUGAAUAUUAUUAUAGAUACAGAUAAACUGUUAAUAGCAAAAAUGUUAAGCAAAGUAAGAUCUUCAAAGAAGUCAAUUUGACCAAAAUUGUCAAUUGACCCCUUAAGGAGUUAUUGCCCUUUAAAGACUUUUCACAAUUAGUUCAUCAUGUUGACUUACUUUAAAAAAUUUCUCCUAUGAAACUGCUGUAUCAAUUUCAGCUAAACUUAGGCUAAAUGAGUUUCAGAGUAUCUAGUAUAAAUUGUAUAUUUUAUUUCCUUGUAUGUCAAGAAACAUAGCUCCUAUGGCUAAAAUAGAACAUAGGAGAAAAUGAUUUUUUUUUUUUGCUUUUGAAGAAAAUAGGAAGAUUCAAAGAACAUUUAAAUAAAUUGAAAAGCCAAAAUAAUCAUUGAUGAGAGAUUUAAAUUAACCAAAAAAUUAAGGUGAGCGAUUCAGGCUCUUGAGAGCCUCUUGUUGUAAUACAUGUUGUAUAAAUUGCUGAUUUUUUUACCAGUAUCAAUGGGGUUUUAUUUAUAGCCUUGAUUAAUUGAGGGACAUUGAUAUGCUGCAUGUAACCAAUAAGAAUGAAUUGGUAUUCUAACUGUAUUUAGAUUUGUUGGUUCCCUUUUCAAAAUGGUCCACAUUUUUUAAAAGGUCAAACUUUACUCCCACUACUAUUUUUAAGCCCCACUUACUAUGUUCCAUAUAAUGUUUUUCGGUUUGUGAACUUUGUGCCUUUGUGUGGUGUGUUCAUUCGCUGUCCUUUUCCUUCCAGGUUUUUGAUAAAUUUUAAUUAAUUUGAAACUUAGUGCACAUGUUCUGUAUGUGUGCAACACAGGCUUCUUUGAGCCUCUAGUUUAAUCUUUUUAGACCUUUGGUGUUAAAUAUCAGUGUGUGUUUUUUCUUAUUUAUUUCAAAUAACUUUUGCACUGUUUGAAAUAAUUCAAAUAAAAGUUAUGAUUUUUCAACAAAACAAAUAAUUAACAGAUAAUAAAUGCUGUACUUUUUUUAUCAAUAUAUAUCUUUUUUGGUUUUGUUUUCCUAAUGAUUUCAAUAAAUUGGUUAUGGCAAAUCAUGUCUCAUUAAUUUUUUUCAACUUAAGCUUCAACAUACUAGUUGAAUGUAUUUAUUAAGCGUAAAAUAUCCAAAUAAUUUUAUUUGAAACAAAUUUACUGCUAUUUACAAUGUGUCAAUAGUAACUAUUAUGUGUAUGUUUUACUGCAUCCAUUUUACUUUGUUAUUAUAUUAUAUUAUAAUUGUUAUAACUAAAUGUUCAUAUACAAUUUUGAUGGCAGUUAUUUAUACAUUUUGUACAAGAUUAUUAAUUUUAACAUUUUUAAUUGAACUAUUUGACUGUGUUUUAUUGUGAUUUUA